AUGGAGGAAGAUGCCAGAACUAGCAAAAUCCAUCCAAAGAAGGGCUCCAAGAAAGCAGUGACCAAGGCCACCGAAAAGGGCGGCAAGAAGAGGAGCAGGAAGGAGAGCUACGCCAUCUACGUGUACAAGGUGCUGAAGCAGGUCCGUCCCGACACCACCAUCUCUUCCAAGACUAUAGGUAUUAUGAACUCAUCCAUCAGCAACAUCUUCGAGCGUAUCGCCGGCAAGGCCUCCCGCCUGGCUCAAUACAACAAGCGCUCCACCAUCACCUCCAGGGAGAUCCAGACCGCCGUCAGGCUGCUGCUGCCCGGUGAGCUGGCCAAGCACCUCAGCAUGAUUUUGGACCUUAGGAGGAAGACGGAGAACACGGAGAAAACCCACACAUGCACAGGAAGAACAUACAAACUCCGCGCAAAAAGAUCCCAAGAAGGCCGGGAAUCUUCUAGCUGCAAGGGCUGCGCCGCACCACGGCUACGGUUGGUCGCCAGGAUGACGGCUCGGCACUGGAUUGGUUGGCUGUACCAGGAAGACCGAGAUAUAAAGGCGGAACCGUGA